AUGUCAGGGGGCAUCCAUUCCGUCGCUGGCUUGCCCUUGGUGGGUUCGGCGCGGCCCGAGCGCCGACAGUGGGGCUCGGAACUCCAGCUCACGUUGUCAUGCGCCAGCAUCGGCAUCGGCCUGGUUAGCGCCUGGCGCCUGCCCGCACUACUCUACGACAACGGCGGAGGCUCGUUCCUGCUGGCCUACGCCGUGCUCCUGUUACUGCUGGGCUACCCGCUACUCUACCUCGAGCUGCUGCUGGGACAUUACGCGCGCCUCGGUCCGGGUGCACUCACGCGCUGCCUGCCCAUCGCGAAGGGGGUCGAGGUGAGCAUAGCGCUGGUGUGCGCAUGCGCCGCGGCCUCCAUGGGCGCGGUGAUGGCUCAGGCCGUGCUACACCUGUUGCUUGCUUUCUCCGAGCUGCCUCCGCGCUGGGCUGGCUGCCAGGGCUUCUGGGAGAAGCGGCCGCUCGAGACAUGCUUUCACCCAGGCUCCAGGAGAUUAUGUGCCCCUGGAGAAGCCACAAAAGGCUGCGUCAACGUCACCGAAAGCGUCAACGAGCACUUUUUCCACACAUCCCUCGGCAUGGUGACAGGCAGCGACCAGCAAGUGGGCGUCCGUCCCGAGCUGAUCGGCUGCCUGGCCGCCGCCUGGACGAUCGCUUGGGCAGCGCUGCGCCGGCGUUCGCCGUCGACCGCGCUGGUGCUUCCCAUCGCCAUGGUCGCGCUGUUGGCCGUGGGCACCGCGUGGCUGACCGGUGCCAGCCACGGACUCAAGUACCUGUUCGCGCCUCGCCUCGCCGAGAUCGUGAAGCCGGCGUUGUGGGCGCGCGCCACUGAGCAGGUGCUGCUGGUACUGGGCCUGGCGCACGGACCGGCGUUGGUCAACGGAAGCUACUGCCGUGAGCUGCACGACGUGCACAAGCAAGUGGUCCGCCUGGGCCAGGGCGCCAUGUUCAUUGCCCUCAACGGGUACUCGGUGCACUGGGCCUACUCAGGCGUCUUCUUCCUGCUCGUACUCAUCGUAGGCGCAAACUCUCAGGCGGCCCUGGUGGAGUCGGCGCUGACCCACUGGGCGGACACGUUCCCGGCGUUGAUUCCACAGAGGCCGUCACUGGCCGUAGCCCACUGCGCAGCCGGUUUCGUAGCCGGCCUGCCGCUGGUGUCGCGCCGGGCGGGGCUGCAGCUGCUGCACCUCCUCGACGCCCAGGUGCUCGGUCCCUUACUGUCGUAUACCGCGCUUUGCGAGGUGAUCGCCGUCGCCUGGUUCUACGGUACGCAAGUUCCUUGA